CGGGAAUAAACUUUAUUCGAGAAAUUUUAUUUAAAUUUUAUUUAAAUGAAUUCGGUGGCUUUAUUAAAAAUUAAAAGUUGAAAGUGCUAUUUUUGUGCUAUACGUGAUCCUUUUUUUUUUAAUAAUCGGGAAAUUACAUAUCUAUGGAAAAGCAGAUAUUUUUAGCUAUAAAAAAAAAAAACUUACGAGAGAAAGAGAAGAAAGAGGACUAUAUCCACCGAUUGAUUGCGAAUUUGCCAUUGAUCCAAAAUUAUAUUGAAAGACUCCAUCAGUAAUGAGAGCCUCAUCUCAAAUCAGUAGCACGAGGGUGCAGUAAAACAGGCCUGACCUGCGAAACCACCCUCACCCUCUUCGUCUCAAUGAAUCUUUCAUAUUCUAUAUCUUUCGAAAAUUUCUAAAGUGUCUCCUGCAAGAAAAAAAGACAAAGAAAGAUACACUUGAGAAGUCAAAGUGUGCAACGAAGAAAGAACAACGCAGCCAUCAGUAAGAAAGAAAAAGAGGAAAAAAGAUAGAAGUAGAAGAAGGUGAAAGUAAGAGAGAGACGGACAGAGGGUGGGUGGUGGGGGGCUCUCGGUUUAAGAGAGAGGGAGAGAGAGGAGGUCGAAGGGAGUCGAGCGAGGAGAAUGACGGAUAGCCAGCAGCAGUUUUGCUUGCGUUGGAACAACUUUCAAGCUAAUAUCACCAGCCAAUUCGAGGCCCUCAGGGAUGACGAGGACUUCGUUGAUGUCACCUUAGCCUGCGAUGGUAGGCGUCUCCAGGCGCACAAGGUUGUCCUCUCCGCGUGCAGCCCUUACUUCAAGGAGUUGUUCAAGACAAAUCCAUGCAAGCAUCCGAUAAUAUUUAUGCGUGAUGUGGAAUUUGAACAUCUACAGUCACUUUUGGAAUUCAUGUAUGCUGGAGAGGUUAACAUAUCUCAAGCAGAAUUACCUACAUUUUUAAGAACUGCUGAGUCUCUGCAAAUCCGUGGCCUCACUGACUCUCAAAAUAAUCAGCACAACAACGAAAAGCAUUUGAAGACAAACAAUAUACAUGCAUCAAAUGGUCGUGGGUUGAUCUCACCAAAUUUAGAGGAGGAGCGUAGUAAAACUCCACCAACUUCAAGUCCUCCACCACUAAAAAGGCUGUGCAAACGAAGUGAUUCGCCUCAAAUAUCUAGUCCAGUACCAGCUGCGGCGGCCUGUGCAUCUGGAACACCACGCACACGGCCAUUAAUUGAGCCACAGGUUCAACUUGACUGUUAUAAAGAUCUCGAUAUUGUUGAGCCAAAAAUAGAAUUACCAGAAUAUGGAAGCGAUGAUGAUUGUUCUCCAAAGCAGGAAGUCAACACACUGCCAAGUGGCUUUCUUAGCCUUGAUGGUGGCAUGGAAGUUUUGCCAUCUUAUCCACCUUCUUAUCAAGGUGGAGGAGCAGGAGGAGGAGGAGGAGGAGGUGGAGGAGGGGGUGGAUCAUUAGAAGGUGGGAUGCCAGGACCAUCUCAUGCUGGAAACACGGAGUUAAAUCAAGAACAGCAAGGUCGAAGAGUACGCCGCGGCAGGCCGCGGCUUGGAACGAGAGGUGGAAAGCAUGGAUCCCCAUCCGUGCAAGGUAAUUCGCCAUCGAGGAGCGAAUGGUUACCCUUGGACAUGAGAACUACUCCUCCUGCUGCGAUGCCUGCUUUUCGUGGUUUCGAGGAAUCCUCUUCCGAUGGCGUGGUGCACCUGGGAGAGGGAAUAGCAAUUUGUGAGGAACAACUAAGGGCUGUGAAAUGGAGCGAUUACAGGAAAUUGACACGUGGCCUGGCUGCAAUUUUGUUCAGCCCUACCGAAUUGGCCACUUGCUCGGUAACGGGGCAACGAUGGAGUCGAGCUGGGACUGCCACUGAGAGACCGGUGAAACCUGCCUUGGAUAAAGCCAAAGUCCAGGCUAUUAUAUCUUACGUGACAUCGAGAUUUCCCACAGUCGAUGUAAGCAGUGUGAAACAAGUGUUGGCUUACAAAUGCAAGGAGAACUCGACAGCGCUCAAGAUGAAAUCUAUUAGAUACAUUUGUGAGAGACAGGAAACGGAAAGAUCACCAAGAGCGAAUCCCGAGGAUAAGUGAGAGGUGAUAGGGGCGCGUUGAACGAGAGCGGCCAUAUCCGAACAACUUCUCAUCGUUCAAUUCAACUUCGAGCUCUUUUUGCGAUUUGCCACUGCUAAUCUUCUUGCUUCGUCCUCUCUCGGCUUCGUCGAACCUUCGAAUUAUUACUCCCAUUCGAUUGGCUCGAUCCUCUCCCCCCCCCCCAAUUUUCUUUAAUUCGAUCGUUUAACUCGCGAUAACACGCAACCAAUUCAAUUGGAUCAGAAUGGAUUUAUUCUCCGUUCUGUGUCGUAUAGAAGCUUAAAAAAAUAAAAAAGAAAAAAAAAUAAGAAAUUUCAAGGGAUCAAUGGAUAAAAAGUCGAAUUACUUCUGAGAGAUGAAUUCUAGCUCAGGGCUGGAAUUACUUUCGAGGUUGUUGUAAACAGCUUAUAUAAGAUCAAUUCGGUUAAUACUUGAAAAAAAUUUCAAACGAGUAUAGUCGAGUAAUUUAGACGAAAAAUUUAGAUAUCUUCGAGGAAUUGAGAAAGAACGUCUCUUAUACACGUUAUUUUUUCUAGCAACGUGACUUUUGAAAUUCCCGUCAUUUUCCAGACAUUCGAAUCGCGUUAAGAUUAAUCAUUAUCCGUAAGAAUCGAUUGAAAAAGAAAGGAAAAGGAAAGGAAAAAAAAAAAAAAAACGAAUCGAAAAUUUUUCUAAAUUCGAAACAAGAGACGGAAAAAUUAAAAGUGUCUAACUAUCCUCGUUAAAAUAACCGAGCCUUACAUUUAUCGAUUAAAACGAUUUCCAUUUUUUCCAUGUGCGUGCGUAUAAGAAUACGAGUCGUCGAAUAACACGGAUAUAAAAUGUAAAUAAUUAAAAAACACAAACAAUUUUCGAAAGGAGGAAUGGACGCGGCCUAUUUGGUUAGAAAAAUCAUCUUCUUCGAGAUAAGAAUUAAGCAAAAAAGGAAAAAAAAAAUAUAUAUAUAUAUUUAAUAUAUAUAUAUAUAUAUAUAUAAAUGAAAAAAGAGAAAAAAUAUGUCAAUCUUAACGAAUGGAAGGAAUCGUAAUCAAGUACGCGACUUAUAUAUAGGAAAAAUAAUUAGAAGGGAGAAGAAGAAGGAAGAUUUCGUUGGUAAUAAAAGAAAAAACAGAAAAGAAAAAAAAGAAAAAAAACGUAUACCGUUUGUUAUUAACAAAAGAUAGUUUUGUUUAUAAAUUUUUUGCAAGCGAUUUAUAGUGCUUGUAAAAAAUCCCCUUAGGAAAGCAUUAAAUCGAUUAUAGAACGAUGAAGAUACGAUUCGAUUCGAUGCCUGUAUAAACUCUUAGUUAACUUUCUUUCUAGAACGGAUGAAAUUUAUGUUUUUUUCUUUCUAAUUAGAUAUUAACAUAACAGGAAGAGGAAAAAUUAAUUGCUUAACGUGUCUCGGUAAGAGAUCGAGAGAACAUGUACGAUUCGUCGUCGAUAUGAUAUAAAUAUAUCUAUAUUUUUAUUACGUUUUAUUACUUUACAUUUUACCGACGGUAAACACCGCGGGAAACAUAAUUACCGACUGUUUUUUAUCCGAAUAACAUUUUUACUUAAUUCAAUCAAUUUUUUUUUCUUUUUUAUCAUUUUUUGUUUUCUCUCUUCAAAUUUGAAAAAGAGUUAUAACGUUUUAGCAAAUUGUAUCUUUUCCUUCUUCCGUACGUUAUGGAUAAACGUACCAAGGGUAAUUGUAACGAGAAGAAUUUUUUUUUCGUCAAAUUUUAUUACAUACAAUUUUCCAUCUGUGUAAUUGAAUAAUAAAAAAAAGAAUUAAGAAAUAAGGAAUGAGAGGGAGAGAGAGAGAGAGAAAGAAAGAGAGAAAGAACAACUACCCGGAAUAUAAGGGUAGUAAUUUUCGUACAUAGGAAAGCGCCUAAUAUUUAAAAAUGAGUAAAAUAGAUAAAUGAACGGGGAAAAAAAGUUAAAGAAAUGAAAAAUAUAUAUAUAUAAAUAUAAAUAAAAAAAAUAAAUAAAUAAAUUCAUAUUUGCGUAU